CCGGACCUGUGGGCCCGCGGGCUCUCGGGAUAGAGCCUGCUGCGUCCGCCGCUUCCGGAUCGCCCGCGGGUCCCGGUGCGGGAUCCCCGGUCCCCCACGGCCGAGGACUCCGCCCAGCAAACACAGAACUUCUGUUUGCUUCAGCUUAAUACUGAAGACUUGAAAUAAAAGACAAGAAAUGCCUCAUUCCACAAGCAAAGAACUGGUACUUGGCAUCAUGGUAGGAACUGCUGGAAUCAGUCUGCUGGUUUUGUGGUACCACAAGGUCCAUAAACCAAGAGCAGCAAUGAGUUUACCUACAUUUCUUUCUCUGGGGAACUCAUUUGAGUCAAUCACAUUUCAAGAUGGAAAGUGUAAUGAUGAAGGAACAAUAAUGAUCUUUCAAAGAAGGCAACUUCAAAUUCUGGAGAAACUCAAUGAAUUACUGACAAAUGUGGAAGAACUUAAGGAAGAUAUCAGAUUUCUUAAAGAAACUAUCCCAAAGUUGGAAGAAUAUAUACAAGAUGAACUUGGAGGAAAGAUUACAGUUCAUAAGACAAGCCCUCAGCACAGAACUAGAAAGAGAAAGCCCACAACUGUUCAGCCAUCAGCAACAAGUAAUAGUUCAGAAGAAGCAGAAAGCGAAGGAGGGUAUAUGACAGCUAAUACUGACACAGAAGAACAGAAUUUUCCAGUGGCAAAAGCAUUUAACACACAUGUAGAGGAAUUGAAGUUAGAUGUUCUUCUGCAGAAGGCAGAUCGUUUACGCUUGAAUGAAUCUGGCAAGAUGGAAAGUUUUGAACUACUCUGUGAUCACAAAGAAAAGUUUAGAGAUGAAAUAGAGUUUAUGUGGCGAUUUGCCCGUGCUUAUGGAGACAUGUAUGAGCUAUCUACAGAUACACAAGAAAAGAAACAUUAUGCUAAUAUUGGGAAAAGUUUAGGUGAACAAGCUAUUAGUAAAGCACCUACAAAUGGAUACUGCCAUCUGUGGUAUGCAGUUUUGUGUGGAUGUGUAUCUGAGUUUGAAGGCUUACAAAACAAAAUCAACUAUGGACAUCACUUCAAGGAGCAUCUAGAUAUGGCAAUCGAACUUUUACCUGCAGAACCCUUUUUGUAUUAUCUCAAGGGAAGAUACUGUUACACUAUCUCAAAACUGAGUUGGAUCGAGAAAAAAAUGGCUGCUACUCUGUUUGGAAAAAUACCAUCCUCAACUAUACAAGAAUCUUUUCACAACUUCCUAAAGGCUGAAGAACUCCAAUCUGGCUAUUCUAUGUCCAAUUACAUGUAUUUGGCCAAGUGUUGUUUUGAUCUUGAGAAAAAUCAGGAUGCUUGGAAGUUCUGUAACAUGGCAUUAUUACUCCCUAUUGUUUCCAAAGAGGACAAAGAAGCGCAUAAAGAAGUGAAAAAAAUAAUUGCUGCCUUGAAGAGGACGCAUGACUUUGGAAAGCCCAGAUUAUCUCUGCAGCAGUACUCUUGAAAUGAGGAUUUCUCCUGGUGGACAGCUAAGGUCAAGUUCCUGGUACAUUCUGCACUCACAGAUGAAGUACACAAACUGCUGACCUCUCAAGAGACUUUGUGUACAACUUUGGAAAAGUGAAGUUCAGAUCCAGAAAUGUGAAUAGGUUCAACUUCAGAAGAUACUCGUCCAGCUGUCUGUGAUAUUUCUCAUAAAACAUUCACGAAGUAACUGCGUGUUCCACUAAAAUUUUAACAGUUGUGGUGUCCCUGUAAUUUCAUACAAUAAAACAG